AUACGCGUGUGCUAUGUGCAUAUGCGAUUGCAGUGCGUAUGCGUAACUGUGAACUCGUUAUAUUACUUGACAACGAUUAUCGCUUCUUCUUCACUAUUGGAAUAGCUACCACUGUUGUUUCCAUUCUGACGCUCUUCGCACUCGUCAUAACCAUGCUAGUCAUGCAACGGGAAACGAAGCUAACGCGAUUUGAAGUGGAGUCACGAGUCGAAUCGUUCAAGAGAAGGUCAUCAUCGUUGUGGGUUGAAAUUAUGCAUGCAAGGCAGACAGAUGGACACGGAAUACGUCGUGCACGACACGCCAAUCCGUUCCGCGAGGUUGUUGAAAAAUGCGGCAGGUGCGCGCGAUUGAUGUGUCCAACUGGUGAACCUGGGCUUGUUGGUCCGCCAGGAGCCGAUGGAAUUCCUGGGACACCGGGCAAAAUUGGUGCACCUGGUGACGACGGUGAAGAUAUCAUGGUCGAUACAGCGCCUGAUCUUCCGUGCUCAAUUUGUCCAGCUGGCCCACCCGGUUUACGUGGUCCACAAGGAGAACGUGGUCAGCCAGGAGCAGAAGGACCGCCUGGUCAUCCUGGUCGACCUGGAAAACCAGGCGAAAAUGGUCCAGUUGGAAAUAAAGGAGCGAAAGGACCUCGUGGUGAGUCGGGACCAGCCGGACCAGCUGGGAGGCCCGGUGAUGAUGCAAUCGGUUAGUU